UUCUACAAUAAUUAUCAUAUCAUGGUUUCUUACGUGACAAAUUUUUCCUUUUCUUUUUAUACUUUUUAUAUUCGAUUAGAGUGAGAUGUACUAAGGUGGGUAGUCCAUCCGUCCUCAAGCAUUGCUCCUUUUAAAUCAUUAUAAGAAUGUGUUAUUUGUUGCAAGUUUGUACUUGAAACUAGGAAACCACAGUGUUUGUUUUCCAAGAAAAGAAAGGAUGGAGGUGAAAGUUUUGAGUAAAGAAAAUAUUAUGCCUUCUUCCCCAACGCCCCCUCACCUUAAAACCUUUCAACUUUCCCUUCUUGAUCAAUUUUCUCCUGUGCUUUAUGCUCCUCUAAUAAUUUUCUACACAAUGGAUAACAAAGAUGAUCCUAGGCACCACCAAAGCCAUGAGAAACUGAUGGCCACACUUAAGAGUUCUCUAUCAAAAACUCUAAGCCAUUUUUACUUAUUGGCAGGAAGAAUCGUCGACAAGUCCAUUUGUUGCAGCGAUGAAGGAGCUGUUUUUAUCGAAGCAACUGUGAGUUGUAGCAUGUCUGAGAUCCUUAAACAACCAAACAACGAGUUUUUAAUGAAACUCGUCCCAUGUUCUGAACGUUGCACCAAGCCAAUCGAAGAAUAUGCUCAUGUUAUAGUGCAAGUGAACGUCUUCGAUUGUGGUGGGAUUGCAAUCUCUCUUUGUUUGUUGCACAAACUUAUGGAUGCGACGACGAUAGGUUGUUUUCUUAAAUGUUGGGCUACUAUUAACAAACGCUCUUUUGCUACAACAAAUUUGACCAUUGACAAUGGUGCUUCGGAAUUAUUUACACCACCAUCGUCCAUGACGAACGAUGAUAACAGUGACCCUUUUUCGAAGAUGGUAUGCUAUGAUUACAAAGAACUGUCUUCACUCUUUCCACAAACAAAUUUCUUACCAUUUCAUCCAAGGCUUCAUGAAGCCCUCUCCUCAAACUGUGAAGAAAAAAGUUCUUUUCAAAGGUUUGUAUUCAAAGAGAAGGCAAUAUUAGAUUUAAAAGCUAAAGCCAAAUCCAAUGAUGUCCCAAAUCCAACGAGUGUGGAAGUAUUGAGUGGCUUCAUUUGGAAAUGUGCAUUGGAGGCUGCAUCAACAAAAUUAGGGUUAUCUCAAAUACCAUCUAUUUUAACACAUGCAGUGAACCUAAGAAAGAGAAUGGAGCCUCCAUUGCCUGAAUUUUCAGUGGGAAAUAUUUUUUGGAAUGUGGUUGCUCAUUAUUUAGCAGAUAAGAAAACCCAAGUGGAGCUUAGUGAAUUGGUGAGUUUAAUUAGACAAUCCUUUGUUGAUAUUAAUGGUAAUUACAUAAAAAGAAUAGUGGGAAAUGAAGGAAGUGAAGCUCUAGUGAAAUUGGUUUGGGAGAGAAAUAUGAAGCUUUUCCAAAUUCCAAAGUUGUACAUAUGUACAAGUUGGAGAAAUAUGGAUUUAAGUGAAGUGAAUUUUGGAUGGGGAAAGCCUGUUUGGAUUGGUAGUGCUGGAAAUUCAAAUACAACAAUAAAAAAUAUGAUUGUUUUGUUGGAUGCUAUAUCAAAUGAUGGAGUUGAGGCAUGGGUGAUACUUGAGGAAGAAGAAAUGCAAAUUUUGUUACAAAAUCAAGAAUUUUUCAACUUUGCAUUGCUAAAUCCACCUAUACCUAUAUAGUAUAUAUAGUAUAUACUAUAUAUGUGUGUUGUAAAUGCUUUGAAUUUAUUAUCUAGCUAUACGAAUAAUCAAGCACGAAAACGUAUAGCGUACUGUUAAUAAACCAUGUAUACAUGUGUGUUGAUCUCCACUUUAUGUCUUUUAUAUUAUUUACUUGUUGUUUUCGUAA